UAAUGAAAAUACGACGGGUUUUGAUCUGGUCGUAAAUUGUUGGAAUACGAUAACUAGCUUUUGGUUGGAAUUGUUCAGUUUGUUCGACGUAAACCCGAGUAUCGUCACAUUCGAGUUCGAAAACCUUCCGUUUUCGUUGGAAUUUAGUGAUUUUCAGUGGAAAUUACUCUGGGUGUUCCUCGUUACCUUAACGAUCAAUUUGUUACUGGUAUGCAUUGCGUGGACCGUUUAUGGUAAAAGAAUUUGCGAACGAUUUAUGAAACCAGCUACCUCAAAAGCUAUAGAAGAGCUAAAAGCAAGUGUCUCUAAAUUAAAACUACCAAAGGAACACACACCAAGAAUAUAAAAAAAUAUUUUUUUAAUUAAUUAUGGCAGAAAAAAUUAAAAAGUUUUUUCAGAAAAAAAAAUUAGACGCCAAGUUUAAAUUGGCUGGACCAGGGCAUAAAUUAGCUGAAUCUUCAUCAUCUAUCCAUGGUAAUCAAAGUAAUAGCAAAAAUAGCGGGACUCAAAAAAAUCAAGGUUAUGUUCCACCACCUAGAGCUGCACCUUCUAGUGCGACUAGACAAGCUGCGGAGGCUGCUUUAGCACGUUUGAAUAGUCAGCGAAAAGAUACCCCUUUUAAUACAUCAUUAGCUGCUAUUCAAGCUCAAGUUAAACGUGAAUUAGAGGCUGAGAAGAAAAAUCUUGUGGAAGAACAGAUUCCAACAUCAACAAGACCCAUUGAAACUAAUUUGGAAAGUUCACCUUUAUUAGCUGUCAAUGGAGUAUACUUUCGCUGUCCAAUUAUAAAUGAAGAAGUAUUACCUAAAGAAGAAUGGCGCAUUAAAAUUAAAUCUUUUCUUUUUGAUCAAUUAGAAGAAGAAAGGGGAUUAACAGCUUGUUUAAUUAUUCAUUCUUGUAAUUAUAACCGCUCAAAAGUUAAUGAUUGCGUAGGAAUUCUUUGCAAAUAUUUGGAGAAUAUAAUUCAGAAUCCGACUGAAACAAAGUUCCAAAAAAUUCGUUGCUCUAAUGCAACAUACAGAGAAAAAGUUGAACCAAUUCUAGGAGCAACCGAAUUUUUGUAUGCAGCUGGAUUUAGGUUAACUGAAUUGGAUAAUAAUGGAUCUACAGAAACUUAUUGGGUUUUUUCUUUGGCUAAUAUUGGUGAUGAUAUAAGUUCUUUAGAAUUUUUAACGGAUGCUAUAAAAGCUGAAGAUAGGAUUGAGUUGGAGUUAGAUCGAAGUCUUCAGGUUUUAUCGCCAGCCCAAGCUAAUAAAAGAGUUGAAUUACCUGAUGAAUUCUUCGCAAUGAAUAAAGAAGAUAUAAGAAAGGAACAAUUAUUGAGAACUGAGGCUAUGCAAAAACAAAUGCAAUUAAGAACCAAAGCUAUGAGAGAAAAAGACGAACUUAGGGAAAUAAGGAAGUAUAAAUUUGCUUUGAUAAGGAUUCGGUUUCCAGAUGGAGUUUUUUUACAAGGAACUUUUUCAGUUUAUGAAAAAUUCUCAGAAGUUCUUUCAUUUAUUCAAGAAAACUUAGAACAUGAUUGUCCUUUUAUUGUUUUAUCACCAACUGGUCACAAAUUUGAAGAAACAGACAACGAUAAAAGCUUGGUCGAUCUUAGAUUGGUUCCAGCGACAAUUUUAAAUUUCCAAUGGGAUCCUUCCAUAGCUGAUGAAAUACAGAGAGUGACAAAUAGUUAUUUAAAACCAGAGUUAAUGAUGUUGAUACAAGCACUAUAACAGCACUAUAGCUUUCCAAAAAUAAAGGAUAAUUUGUUAUUAUAAAAGAGGGAAUUUUAAUUUCAGCACUUAUAAAUUCAAAUAGAAUUGUUUAGGAAUUGUACUACGUAUAUUUGUGAUCUAUUUAAAUCUCUUGUUAUAAAUUAAAAAGAAAAGAAAAAUAUACUGUUAUGUAUGUAGUUAUUAAGCUAAUUAAAUUAUCCUGAAAUUUUAUUAUUGUUGUGCUAGAUUCAACUAUUCCUCUAUAACUACAUUCUAUAUUAAACAUUUUAUUGCAUUUUUAUUAAAUAUAUUUUUCUAGCACCAA